AUGGGGAGCCUGGCGACGGUCGAGCACUACAAUUCAGAACACCAAUAUGAGCACACGCGUCACCAGAGCCGAGGCACGCAGGAGGAUGGCGGCCCUCCAGGAACCUCGCCCGGGGCAAGGAUGGUCGGAGACCCGGCCUACCCGAGCUCCGCGGCGGGCCCUGGAGCGGACCCGAGACGAGGACUCCGCACCAGAACCCGCGGUGAGCUCCGACAGCGACGUGGAGGUGGUCGGCGAUCCCGCCGUCGAGGAGAGAAAGUGGCGACUCCGGAAGGCGGCGGCGGGUGGUCGGAUACCGCGCGGGACGACGGAUGUCGGAGGAGCGGAACUCCCGAGAGCCACUCGGAGGAGGUCUGUCGGGCCGCCGAGGAGACUCGGAAGCGGUUCCGAGACCGGGAGCCGUCGGACGAGGAGCAGCAGCGAGGCGGAGGAAGAGGAGCGACGGCUGUGGAGGCACCGGCGGAGGAUUCGUGGGAGGUGCCACUCACCACCAGAUACGCGGCCGAGGAGCCCAGCCCGAGGAGCGAGGAUGGGGACGAGCCAUGCGCGCCAUCCCCUCCGCGGUGGUUACCAGAGGUACCACCCACUCCCCGCUACGAGGGGGAGUGGCUCACAGACGACGCUCGAGACGGCGACAGAGGAGCACCGUUGGCCACGCCGCCGUGGAGGCCGGCCCGGCCACCCACGCCGCGAUACAUGGAGCCACAACGACCGGAGGAGCAGACGCCAAGCGAGGAGUCGACCGCGCAGCCGAUGCCACAACCGCAGGAGGAGGAAGUCCACCAGGCACGGGCGGAGGAGCCGUCGGUGGUGCGGACGGAGGUGCCGGCCGCGCACGUGAGCCACAGCACACGGUGA